AUGGGCAUGGAUUACAACCGUAAGAAAUACAUCGAGCAGUCGCAUAAUUGUAAAACUCUACCAGUCCACUGCGUGGUAGAAGCCCUUUCGUCGCUCGAAGAAGGCACCUGGAGACGACGAGCUGUGGUCGAAACAGACAGCUAUGUUAUUAUACCAGCAGCUACGGCCUUUCAUGAGCUCGUGCCAGCAGCUAUGAUGAGGCUUGGAUAUCCGCACGAACUAGCUGCUUCUGCUAGAGGUCAAGUAGUCAUAAAUAACUGGAAACCGCUACCUUUCGAGAGAAUCUCCGAUGGUCCUUUGGCUACUGUGGGUGAAGUUCUUGGCGAACUGACAACUGUUGUGACGCUUCGCAUCCAACUCCUAAGACCCAGGCCGACACCUUUACAGGAUAUCAAAGACAAACUCUUGAGACUCUUGCUGGUGCAAAGCCGGCCCUUGCUGAUGUCAACUGGCUGUCCUUUGGAUGAGGUUACGUUGGCGCAGAUAUGCCGCGGUCAAGAUCGAACGCCCGGUCCUCAUAAUUUCCACGAGCCAUCGGAAGAAAUGCGCCGUAAAUUUGAAUCUUGGUGGAGUGCCCAAGUAUCACCCCGACCUCCGCCGUUUAGCCCACGUCGGUACCCAUCCCCGAGCCCCAAAAAUCGUUCCCCUACUCUCAACACGAUGCCAGACCAUUUACAUCCAGCAUUGCAGACUGUUCAAAGUCAAUAUCCUACACAAAAAACACGAAUGAGGACGAGUUUUGAUCCUGAAUUAGAAUUACCAAAAUUACAGCGUUGGUUUUCUGAGAACCAACAUCCAAGCAGACAACAGAUACAACAGUAUGUACGAGAAUUAAAUAACUUAGAAUCACGGCGUGGUCGAAAGCCCCUUGAUGUAAACAAUGUUGUUUACUGGUUUAAGAACGCUCGUGCGGCGCAAAAGCGUGCCGAACUCCGGAACAUCGGUGGACUAAGUUGUCACCUCAGCGUAAAUGGAUUCAACAGUAGAAGUCAUAGUCCAACAAACGGGUCCUUAAUGCCUGGAGGGGACCAUUACGGUUCUCAGGAUCAUAAUUCAAUGAAAAGCCCUAUGCAGCUUUCAGGUAGUCCUGGUCGAUACCCUAUGUCUGUAAUGUCUGAGGAUAAUCUGUCUAAUGGAGGCUCAGAUUUAGACGAUGAUACUGGCGAUUUAAACCCAGAUGAUAGACCAGAAAGUCCUGAUGCACCAUUGUCUUUGAUCACCACUAAGAAAAACAAUGACAAUGAUACUAAUGAUAGACCCCACGAAUCGCCAAAACCACCAGACAUAAUUAAGGUUCACGAUAUCAAACAAGAACCGAGGGAUUUAAGUAAACCCGACAACACAAACUCACCUCAGCGAUCUCCAGCGAAAAACAGCGACGCAAGUUCACAUAACAAUAACAGCAGCAACAACAACAACAACGAUGAUGAAAAUGGCGUUGGAGAAGAACAUGAUGGCUCCGACGAAGAUGUAAUACAAGAAAGGCAUUACACGCCUGCUUCCCCACAUCUUGACCGCCUUCCUUUCCCUAUGGUUCCAAACCAUCCAAUGUUUGGUCAUGGAAUCAUGUACAUGAGCCAAUACAUGAGUGGAUUUCCUGGCGUUGGUGCCGUACCGGGAGAAGGAGCAAGCGGCUUGAACCUAGCUCUUGCUGGAGCUUCAGAUGAACGUCGCAAGCGUAACAGGACAUUCAUAGACCCAGUGUCUGAGGUCCCGGUUCUUGAACAGUGGUUCUCCAUGAACACGCAUCCUUCACAUAACUUGAUCCUUAAAUAUACGGAAGAGUUGAAUAGGAUGCCGUACAGGCAGAAAUUCCCAAGGCUUGAGUCCAAGAACGUGCAAUUUUGGUUUAAGAACCGCCGGGCCAAGUGUAAGAGAUUGAAAAUGUCAUUAUAUGAACCGUCAUCUCCAGGGCAUUAUUCUCAUCCGGGUCAUCCCCAUGCUAUGGCUGAAAGGAAACUGGUAUGA